CAAAAGGUUUGGCCAAAUUUUGUUUGGCCAGGAUAGCAGUGGAUCGUUUGACUUGGGGAACUAGGAUGGUCCGGAAUCAUAGUUCAAUUUAGCAUAGGCAUUGGAUUAACUGGAUAAUCCGGGGAGCUAGGAUUACUCCGCUAUGAUGGGCAGACCUGGAGGGCUUGAGACCCUGAAGAGUCGCUGUAAUUCUUCCCGAUCGCUCAGUCACAGUGGUUCCUAUCACAUCUUGGACAUUGAGAUUGAUCGAGGGUUUGAACCCUGUGACUCAGGGAUGUGCCACACUGUGCAGGGAGAUAUCCCUCUCUACAAGUACAGUGAGGUGCCACACUUUUUACAAGGAAAUCCAUAUGUAGUUCACGGGUACAGGGUACUUUUACCCUUCAACUUAUGCGUCAAAAGUUUGUUCAUCUGGUCAAAUGAAACGCUGAACAUUUGGUCCCACCUUGCUGGGUUGUUUAUCUUCAUCUACUUGUUGUUGUAUGAUAACAUCAUAGUGAUACCUGCUAACAAUGGAUCGUUAGCUGACCAUGUGAUUAUUACUUUAGGCAUCUUUUGCUUCCAGUUUUGUAUGGCCUGUUCGGCAGGAUUCCACAUUUUUUGCUGUCACUCUGAACGGGCCAGUCAGCGUUGGCUGGCAGUAGAUCUAACUGGAAUCUCUAUGGGGAUCAUAGGCUGCUAUCUACCAGCUGUUCACUAUGCAUUUUAUUGCCUCUCUAUAUGGCGAGACUUGUACCUAAUUAUCAUCUUUGUAUUGACGGGGGCCACAUUAUUUAUCCAACUGAACCCUAACUUUUUAAAGCCUUCCUGGGCCAGACAUAGAUUGUUGAUAUAUGUGGGUUUGGUGGCCUAUGGAGUUGUCCCAACCAUACAUUGGUUUGUUGAGAAUGGAGGAUGGGAGUCUAGAGUUGUACAAUUGUUUGUUCCAAAAGUGAUAGUCGUGUACCUGCUUGGAAUGCUAGCAUUCUUCUUUUACAUCAGCAAAUUUCCUGAGAGACUUUUCCCAGGAAUGUUUGACUAUGUAGGUUCCAGUCAUCAGCUAUGGCAUGUUGUCAUCUUGGUGACUUUCCUCUGGUGGCAUCAGGCUGGGAAUGAAAUCCUUCUCUUCAGAACAUCUCAUGAAUGUGAAGCUUAAAUUGGUCAUCAGGGGCCUCCGUGGCUCAGUCGGUUAGCGCACUAGCGCAGCGUAAUGACCCAUGAGCCUCUCACC